UUUCCACAGAUUUAUUGGCGCCCUCUUUGCAUAUCCAGGGAAUCCCAAAGCUUUUCCCAAAUCCCGGGAUUUUUCCCCCGAGCCUUUCCCGGGAUUUUUUUUUUUCCAUGGAAUUUUUUAUUUUUCCAGGAUUUUUCUGGGAUUUCCAUCCCGGGGGGGGGAGCUCUUGCAUAGCCAGGGGGAAAGAAAAAAAAUGGGAAAAAAAAGGGGAAAAAAAAGAGCAGGAAAAUGGGGAUAAAAGCAGGAAAUUUGGGAUAAAAGCAGGAAAAUCGGAAUAAAAGCAUCAGGACCUCCAAGGAGUUAAAAUUCCCUAAAAAUUCAGGAGAUUCCCUAAAAAAAAUCCCCCCCUGAGCCAAAGCGUUUCAGGAAUGGGAAUUUUGUUGGGAAUUUCAAUCCUGAUGGGAUUUUUUUCCUAUUUUUUUUUUUAUUGUUUUGACCCCAAAUUUUCUGGGAAAAAAAAAAUUGGGAAUUUUGUGGGGGGGAAAAAAUGGGAUGGGAGUGGAGGGAUUUGCAUAAAAGCUCCGGGUUUUUCCAGCAGGGCUCAUCCUGAUUUCUCAGGGGAGGCCAAAAAUUCCCAAAAUUUUGUGGGAUGAUCCCAAAAAAAUCCAAAAAAAAAAGGCGAUCCCGGAAUUCCCAGAGCCUGGAAUAAAGUGCAGAAUGUCCAUGGGGGGGAGGGGAAAAAAGGGGAUGGGAAUUCCCAAAUUUUUAAAUAUGGGGAGAAAAUGUGGGAAAAGGGGGGAGAGGUGGGGAAUGGGGGAGCCCAAAGUUUGGGGAUCGGGUGGGAAUUGGGGAUCCCAAAGUUCUGGAUCCAUGGAGAUCCCAAAGUUCUCGAUUCGUUGGGAAUUGGGGAUCCCAAAACUUCUCAUUCCAGGAGGAUCCCAAAGUUCAGGAUCCCAAAGUUCUGGAUCCAUGGAGAUCCCAAAGUUCCUGAUCCAUUGGGAAUUGGGGAUCCCAAAGUUCUCAUCCCACAGGGAAUUCCAGAUCCCAAAGUUCUGGAGCCGUUGGGAAUUGGGGAUCCCAAAGUUCUCGAUUCAUUGGGAAUUGGGGAUCCCAAAACUUCUCAGUCCAGGAGGAUCCCAAAGUUCUCAACCUGUUGGGAAUUGAGGAUCCCAAAGUUCUGGAUCCAUGGAGAUCCCAAAGUUCUGGAUCCGUUGGGAAUUGGGGAUCCCAAAGUUCUGGAUCCACAAGGAAUUGGGGAUCCCAAAGUUCUCAGUCCAUGGAGAUCCCAAAGUUCUCAAUCCGUUGGGAAUUGGGGGAUCCCAAAGUUCUCGAGCCAUUGGGAAUUCCAGAUCCCAAAGUUCUCAUUCCAGGAGGAUCCUAAAUUUCUCAACCUGCUGGGAAUUGGGGACCUCAAAGUUCUGGAUCCAUGGAGAUCCCAAAGUUCUGGAUCCGUUGGGAAUUGGGGAUCCCAAAGUUCUCAGUUCAUGGAGAUCCCAAAGUUCUCAAUCCGUUGGGAAUUGGGGGAUCCCAAAGUUCUCAUUCCAUUGGGAAUUCCUGAUCCCAAAGUCCUCGACCCAUGGAGAUCCCAAAGUUUUCAUUCCAGGAGGAUCCCAAAGUUCCUGAUCUGUUGGGAAUUGUGGAUCCCAAAGUUCUGGAUCCAUGGAGAUCCCAAAGUUCUUGAUCCACAGGGAAUUGGGGAUCCCAAAGUUCUCAGUCCAGGAAAACCCACCUGGAGCAGGAGAGCCCCAGAACCAACUCCAGGAUCGAGGCCCUGGAAGAUCUCCUGGGAUCCACCUGGAAAAUCCUUCCCUGGAACAGCCUUGGGAUCCACCAGGAGAAACCCUUUGCUGGAACAUCUUCCAGGAUCCACCUGGACCAAUCCUCCCCUGGAAGAACUUCCCGUGUCCAUCCAGACCAGUCCUUUGCUGGAACAUCUCCUGGGAUCCACCUGGUCAGAUCCUCCCCUGGAAGAACCUCCUGACAUCUCCCCACCCAACCCUCCCACACCACGUCCCCCACCCCAAUGACGGUCCAACAGCAUCAUGGUGGCCACAAUCAUGAUGAGCAGGAUCACAGUGACCACAAUCAUGGUGACCAGGAGCAAGGUGACCAUGAUCAUGGUGGCCUCCAUCCCAAUGACCAUGAUCAUGGUAACCAGGACCAAGGUGACCACCCAUCACGAUGACCGCCAUCUUGGUGGCCCCCAUCACGCUGACCAGGCUCACGAUGACCGGGAUCAUGGUGGCCACCACCACAAUGGCCAUGAUGAUGGUGACCACAAUCAAGAUGACCACCCAUCACGAUGACCGGGAUCAAAGUGACCAUGAUCACAGGGGCCACCACCAUGAUGACCAUGAUCAUGGUAACCAGGACCAAGGUGACCACCCAUCCCAAUGACCAGGAUCAAGGUGACCAGGACCAAGGUGACCACCCAUCACACUGACCACCCAUCACGAUGACCACCAUCUUGGUGGCCACCAUCACGCUGACCAGGAUCACGAUGACCGCCAUCUUGGUGACCUCCAUCCCAAUGACCAGGAUCAAGGUGACCAACUAUCACGAUGACCGCCAUCACGGUGGCCUCUAUCACAAUGACCAGGAUUAAGGUGACCACCCAUCAUGAUGACCAUGAUCAUGGUGACCAGGACCAAGGUGCCCACCCAUCACGAUGACCGCCAUCUUG